UAAUUAUAUAAUUUUAAGACAAACUGAUUUUAUUUGGUUUUUUUUUAAUGUAAAUGAAUAGUAAAUUGUAAAAUUAAAUUGAUUCUUGUGUUAUAGUUAUGCCGCAAACUUGUUUCUAGCAUCAAUAAGUAUUAGGUUUUUCAAAAAUGAUUUUGUUUGCAAGUUCCAAAUGUUCGGAUCUCAAUUCUUUAUAGUUGUUAUCACGGUCUUAGAAUACCGUCGUUGUUAUAAUACACGGCAAUAUAAUCUAUAGCUGCUGUACUAAAUGAUGAACAUGAAACUAUUAAUUUUACCACUCAGAUAUACUUUCAGCAGGCAUCUGUACUCCAGUUGUUCAGUAAAAGAAAUUUUUAAUACUCAACCCGAGGGUUGUAAAAAAAAGUUAAAGGGUUGGGCAAAAGCAAUGCGUAAAAUGAAAGAAAACAUAUUUGUGGACUUAGAUGAUGGUUCUACACAUCGCCGCCUACAAGUAGUAAUACCCAAAAAUAAGAUUCCAGCUUCAUUGACCUACGGAUGUUCCUUUGAAGCUGAGGGUGUCUUAGUUAAGAACCCUAGCAAUCAACUUGAAUUGGUAGCUGAAUCUAUUAAUGUUUAUGGAUUAUGUGUUGUCCAAGAUGGUUAUCCAUUUGCUCCUCGAAAAACUUACCAUCCAGAAUAUGUAAGACAACAUUUACAUAUUCGACCACGUACAGCAACAUUUAGUAGUCUACUUAGACUCAGAGACAAAUUGUCUAGUGCUGUUAGAAAUACAUUUGCUGAAGACAAUUUUAUAGAAAUAAAUGCUCCUGUGUUAUCUUCUAAUGAUUGUGAAGGAGCUGGUGAAGUAUUUGCAGUUAAACCAGAUAGUGAAAUUUUAAUUAAAGAAAUGAUUUCAAAAGAUCAUCAGUCACCUAUGGAAGCUUUUUUUAAUGGGCAGACAUAUUUAACAGUAUCUGGACAGAUGCAUUUAGAAUGUAUGGCACGGGCUUUAACUAAAGUUUACACAUUAGGUCCAACAUUUAGAGCAGAAAAUUCAAAGUCUAGAUUACAUUUAUCAGAAUUUUAUAUGAUUGAAGCAGAGCAAGCUUUUAUUAACAAUAUCGAUGAACUCUUGAGCUCAAUAGAAAAAACUACAUCUACAGUUGUAAAACAACUAUUAGAGAAAUCCAGUGAUGAAAUAGACCAUUACAGAAACAUCACAGGUGCUUCUAAAGACAAUGACCCUGUGAAUAUGGUAAAUGUUCCUUAUGAAGUAAUUAGUUAUCAAAAAGCAUGUGAUGUACUAGAAAAACAAAAUUGUUUUAAAAAUUCAAUGAUUCGAGGAAAACCUUUGGCUAAAGAACAUGAAUUGUUUUUAGUGAAAUAUAACGGUCAGAAACCAAUUUUUGUCGUGGACUGGCCCAAAGAUUUGAAACCAUUUUAUACUAAAGCUAUACCUAAUAACAAGUCAUUAGUGUAUGCUGUAGACCUAUUAUGUCCAAAUGUUGGUGAAUUAUGUGGUGGAAGUGUGCGUGAAGAUGAUUAUGAUGUUUUAAAAGAAAAAUUAUCUUUUGAAGGAUUGGAAGACAAACUCGAUUGGUAUUUAGAAUUGAGAAAAUUUGGUAAUGUGUCCACUGCAGGUUUUGGCAUAGGUUUUGAACGAUUUCUUCAAGUAUUGUUAGAUAUACAGAAUAUUAAAGACACCAUUGCAUUUCCUCGAUGGCCACAUAACUGUAAAAUGUAAAUCUCGAAUUUAAUAAUAAAACUUGUUUACUGUUUUAAAUUUGUAGUUAUAUUCUAUUGUUUGUAGUAUCAAUUUGAUUUAUUUGAAUAUAUAUAUUAUUUUAAAUUUUGUCCUAAUGAUAUUUUAACUUCUUCAAAUAUUCUUACUAUUAAUUGGCCGAUGCUGUAAAAUAAUAAUAUAAACUCUUCACACAGAAAUAUUGAAGUACAUUUUUAAUAAACAAUACAUAAGAUAAUGAGCAUAAUUCUUUAUUGUAAACAAGAAAUCCAACACAAUAUUAAUAAUCAACAACAAUAUUGUAUUUAAUAGUCACUAAAAAAAAUUACUAAACUAGUAAUUCAUAAUAAUAUAAUAUUUUAACUACUAUAAUAAUUACCAAAGAUUUAUUUUUAUUUAUUAAUUUAAAAUAUAUUAUACAAACACAAGUAUGUUCUAUGCGAAAUAAAAGGAAAUUAAUAUCUAUAUUGUUUCAUACGGACUACCAACAAGUCAUAACUACUGUUUUUAACCCUGUGAAUU